AUGCAUCUUGCCGAGCCGCAAAACUCUUGGACCCACAUAGGCCUUACAGCGAUUAGGCAAAACUUUUCAACGUACCAACAUGAGGAAGGUCGACACUUGAACUUUAGAAGGAGAUUAGGACUUCCUGAGCGACGCCUGUCUUCCAAAAUACCGCCGGUUUUGCAGCAAAAUACUUCCUCCUCUGACCAGCCGGUAACGAGCGCCUCUGGUGUGGUCUCAAAUAAGAGAAAUUUGUUAUUCAAGCGUGCCCUGGAGCUGGUUUUUUACGAGCCUGCCCAGGUACCAAAUCUAGACCACGCGCAACGAGUCAUGAGGCUGAAACUUACAGAGGACUCCUGCUGGGAUUACUCGAGUAGCCGACGGGAUAUCUUGGCCGCUUUUGAUAUAGUAGCACAAAGAGAUCUAGAGGAGUCAGCUGCCGCCGUACUAGCCAAGCAGAUCAAGACCAAAUCUCGGUUGCGAACGAGAAGGAGAAAACAGGUCACCAACAAAAACCUCAUGGCCGGAUAA